CACAGUUUUUAUUGACUAGUUUUAAAGAGGUGGAGAGUAAUUUAAAGGUUUCAUUUUAUGGUAGUGUUGUCUUGACUGACUCCUAGCACUGCCCUGGCCUGUUGUUUAACGGUUGGUCUGUUUCAAUCUAUGGCUCAAAGAUGAAGUGAUAGCCAGUCAAAUAUUACAGAUUUAAACAAGACAUCAGCCAGAAAGCUGUCAGUGUGUUAUUGUCACUCCGAAAAAUGAUUACAUUUGCUCGACCGGCCACACGAGCUGCAGAUUGUUGCGGUGACAUGACAGGCAGGACUCGACACGGAGAUUUUAGGAUUAACAUCCAUUAUAGUCGAGGGGGAUUUGUUGUGGGGCAGAUGAGAUGAUUAACAACAGGCACACUGACACUCUGGCUCGGCCUCAGCCAUGUAUUUGUUAGUACUGAUGAUUGCUUGAAAAAGAGGGGUGUGUCCAAACUAUCAGAUUACACUGUUACUCCGGGUCCGUUUUCAGUGUUUUCACACACCGCACGAACGAGUUUUUCAUCUGGAGAUGAGGGAAAUUAGCAUGAUGUGUGUGUGUUUCACAGGUCGUUGUCUCCAUGGUGUUUUUUUGAAUUUCCAGUAGUGGGAGGCGUUUCAUUUGACCACCUGAGGGCAUUGAGGUGACAGCUGUCUGUGUAACAACAACAGGCUGUUGAACAACUCUGUUCAUGAGUAAUGAGAAAUGCACACUCACACAGAAUAACGCAAGCUUUUUAGGACAGCAUGAAGUUGGUUAGUCAGUCUGAUUGUUGUGAAAUCAGAGUGAAACCUCUGCUUCUCUUGGAUGACUCUGCCCUGUAACCUAACAAGGAAAUUGACUACUGACAGUUGGUAUUAUUCGGAAUCCAGCAGCUUACCCACAAAGCCAGUGGGUGAAAGGAGACAGGUGGACAAAGAAGCAAAAAGGAUUAAAAUGCAUCAGACACCAUAACAUCACUGCUGCACAUGGCUUUGUUAAAGAGAUGCAAAAUGGGAAAGGAGGUCUAUCUGCAGAGAAUUUGGAGGCGGGCGAGGUCUCUACAUGCAGCCCCGGCCAAGUGCGGUGACACCUCGGUGACAUACACGGGGCUUCUUUUUGGAAUGAGUUGAUUUUGUCCCCUUAUUUUCACAAAGACUGAAGGCAGGGGUCUGUAAAGAUCCAAGGGACUCUGUUUGGCUAUUUGAGCUAUUUUACUUGUAAAGGCAAGGCUAGAAAUCAUUUUACUUUUUUUGGUUUGUUUUUUAGCAGCUUUUAAAAAAUAAAUUCCAGCUGGACUUUUGUUUGAUGCUGAGCCGCUUCCCACCGCUGGUUUAAAAGUGAAUUUGUUUGUUUAGUUGUUUUCCCCUGCUGACUUAGUUCAAAACUCUGGAACUGUCCCUCCUGCCGCCAUCCUCAGUUUCUUCCACCCACCCAGUGCCUAAAUAAGCCCUCUCGGGACAAUCACAGAAGUCAUCAGCAGCUGCUACGCUCAAUCCUCUGCCUGUUCUCCUCCAUGUGCUUCUGCUCUCGGCCUGCUGGCUAUCCACCCACUACCUCUUUAAUUUUCUGAUCUUUUUUUUAAUAUUCAUUUUCUCUUAGAGGUGUAAUCAGAACUCAAGCACAGUGGCGAGCAUUAAUGUAAACACUGAGUUUCAGGAGUGGAGAGGAACCUAGACUGCUCCAAUUUUAGUGGCAUAUGCAAGUGUUUCGCUUUUGUGUAUAUACACAGUAGUGUUAGGGUUGCACUGGUGCCAGGGAGCAGCUUAAGAUUAGAUUUAUUUAUAUUGUUGCACCAAAUACGGUUACAUUGAAGCCAUACAAAAAUAUUUAUGAAUUACCUACACAUAUUUUUGUAUCACAUUGCUCUUGUAUAGUUUUGCUUUUAUACACUUCUAUUAAGAUUAUGCACACAAAUUAAAUAUUUACAACAAACUGCGCCCAUGCAAGUAGAGCUGUAUAUUGCUAUCUAAAAAAUUCUCCUUUUUUUGAGUGAUGAUAUUAAUGCUGGGAGACAUUUUGUGUGCGGACACAGAGAAUCCCUCAUGUUUCUAUUGAGUUGCUGCUUUGCAUAGUGUUGGAUUUCCUUUCCAGUCUAUAGUCAUGGCCCCUCCUGCCAAGCAAACACCAUAUUUGCCAUUUUGACCCGUAAAGCACCCUUUACAGUAGGUAGACCGUAGAUAUCUACCUCUCUCUCUUUGUCUUCCUCCCCUCUUUCUCUGUCUCUGAUGCCGGGUUUCAGUGGUGGGGGGGUUGGGGGAGGAGUAGGUGGCCCCGCUUCUGCUCCUCCCCGUCCAUUUCGACCCAGCCGAUACGUCCCAGUGUCCGCGGCCACCACUUUCCUUGUUGGAUCCACCACCCUGUUCUUCUGCUUCACGUGCCCAUGGUUGUCAGAGUAUUUCUCCUCUGUCAUUCCCAUUUACAAUGCCGUUAUCUUCCUCUUCACCCUCGCCAACUUCUGCAUGGCCACUUUCAUGGACCCCGGAGUCUUCCCCAGAGCGGAGGAGGACGAGGAUAAAGAGGAUGAUUUCCGUGCUCCGCUCUAUAAGACCGUGGAGAUCAAAGGAAUCCAGGUGCGCAUGAAGUGGUGCUCAACCUGCCGUUUCUACCGCCCGCCACGCUGCUCGCACUGCUCAGUCUGCGACAACUGUGUGGAGGAUUUUGACCACCACUGUCCCUGGGUGAACAACUGCAUCGGUCGGAGGAAUUAUCGCUAUUUCUUCCUCUUCCUGCUCUCGCUCACCACCCACAUCAUGGACGUAUUUGGCUUCGGCUUGGUCUAUGUCCUGCACCACCGCCAGCAGCUGGACACACCACAUGCUGCUGUUACUAUGGCUGUGAUGUGUGUGGCUGGUCUGUUUUUUGUCCCAGUCGCUGGCCUGACUGGGUUCCACAUAGUGCUGGUGGCCCGCGGCAGGACCACAAAUGAGCAGGUGACAGGAAAGUUUCGGGGUGGUGUUAACCCUUUCACCAACGGCUGCUUGAGGAAUAUUUCCCAUGUGCUCUGCAGCUCCCAGGCCCCCAGAUAUAUGGGCCGGUGGCGGAGCCCUCAGUCAGUGGAAGUACAGCCUCCGUUUCUUAGACCUUCACUCACUGAGGCCCAGCUAGAAGCCAAGGUCCUGGACAAUGGCAUCCAGAAUGACCGACACAGCACCAGGUCCAAGAGCAGCCUAGAUCAGAUGGAGAGCCAGUCAGCUGAUGCAGAGCCUCCACCUCCUCCAAAGCCGGAGCUGCGUUACCCCGGCCUGCCUCGUGCCGACACGGAGGAGAGCAGUUUGUUGACCGAGGCUCCACCUACGCCAUCAAUGUACAAGUACCGACCAGCCUACAACAGCCCAGGGAGGAACCACACUGCCCUCACACACCCCAACAAGAUGAUUCGUGGGGAGAGUCUCGACUCUCCGUCUCCCUCCAUCCUCCAGUCCAGCCGUCAGCCUAGCUACCGCUCGGAGCCGAGCAGCCUGGACGGAGCCACAGUGGUGGGGGGAGGUGUAGGGGUGCGCAGAGGGGGAGGGGAGAGGGGUGAGGGCCCCGGAGGCCCUGGCGGGACUGCUGGGGGGGUGUCGGGGGGCAUGUCAGGUUACUCCCUGACUGGGCGCUCCUACACCUCCUACCCAUCCUCUCUUGUUCUGUCCACUGGUGGCUCGCGCUCCUCCAGCCUGCGCUCAGCGCACACAGCACAUAACCCGCUGGCCACGCUCCAGUCAGAGGGCACCACAGACACCAGCUACAAAAGCCUGGCCAAUCAGACGCCUCGGAAUGGCAGCCUGUCCUAUGACAGCCUCCUGACACCAUCCGAGAGCCCAGAGUUCGAGUCAGCCGCCCACGAGCUGUCGCCGCAGAAGCCCCACGCUCCAUUUCCGUCUGCAACUAUAACAGGCCAGCCUGAGGUGGUGUCACCCAGUACCCCGCUGCAGGGUUACAUGUCGCCCUUCCUCUCGGCUCAGAUCGCCCAGCAGAGGGAGGGGCAGCUGCUCCAGGGCUCUGCCACUUUCUCCUCUCCCCACAGGGCCUACCUGCGUGCCGUGAGCCCGCCCCCUCCCUCCUCCACCGGGCCUCCUGAGACCCAGCACCUGCUACAGUAUAACCAGGACAUCUCUUCUCGAGGUCCUCGUAAUCCUUCCUCCUCAUCCUCAUCCCCUGGGGCUCGCUCACUAGAGCCCCCUGUCUCCCCGCCGCCUCGUGGCCUCUCACUGGGCAAGUCCCAUUCUUACACUGGGGAGGCAGGGCCUCAGCACAAGCCUCGACCCGCCGGAGGAGGUACUGUGCUGGGAGGGGGAGGAGCCGGAGGAGGGCAACAGGCUCCACAUAGAACCACUCACCUCCGCAUCCCUCUCUCCCCUGUCCUCAUCCCCUCCCACACUCCUCCCCUCCCCUUCCUGAUGGCUGUCCAAUCAGAUCCACCUCUCGCCCAGUCUUGGUCAAUCACACCACAUCCAAACCAGGGGGCGGGGUGAAAAAGGUGACAGGCGUCGGAGGGACCACUUACGAGAUAUCGGUUUGAGUGACGGGACGUCCUUCGUGGUCUUUCGCAAGGAGUGUGAGGAUGGGGUGGGGAGUCACUGGACUACUGGACUACUACCACUUGUCUCUUCAUUGAGCUGGAUAUUAUCCAGGACUGCAGGCUCCUGAAAAAUGAUGGGUUUUUUCCCCACUGCAACAGACUAAAAGGAGCAAUCCUGUCUGGUACUCUCUUUGUUAUCUUUGUAAAACGCCACUGGCCAUUCUUCUCUGCCAGCCUUUCAGAUUUGAACAAAGAGGAACUUGGGACACUGGUUCAUUUUUCACAGGAUCAAUUCGUGUCCAUUUAGCCACUUUGUGAGCCAUAGACUGAUGUGACUGUAUCAUCACGGCUGGGUACAGAUAUGUCUAUAGAACACGCAUAGCUAUUCAAUGAUUUGCUGUUUUACUUUGGUACAUUAGCACAGUACAGAGUACUGACAGUGGUGUCCGACACCUGAGGAAAGGUUGGCCUUUAUCCAGUGGAUGUAAAAUGAAAGAGGGAGGAUUUAGGACUGUUGACCAAUAGAAAUGUCUUCUUUUCCACUGUCUGUCCGGACCACGCAGCCUGUUUAUUGAUGAGAGUCAUGGAGAAGAGUCCAACCUAUAAACACAGUAUCAUUUUAGUUUUAUAAAUCUUUUUUUAAAUAUUGUUUUAUAUAAAUGUAUAAAAUCUUACAGAUAAUUAUUGGGUCAAAUCGUCGGGUAUUGAAGAUGACUAUUGAUGAGGGUGGCAGAUGUACUGUGUGUAAUUAUUCAUGAAAGCGACUUCACAUCAGUUUUUGCCUGUUUAUAUUUGAUGGCUGCAUCAGCCAGUCAUGAGCUCUCGCUGGAGUUUUCAUCGUCCAAAGAGAAAUGACGAUCCUUUGGUUGAACAGCUGAGGUGGCACAUAAUUGAGCUUAAUUUUCAAAAGCCACAAAGAAAUUUCUGAGUCACGAUUGCAGCACAAGCAUCUUUGUGGAAUGUACGCUUGUAAUGUUUAUGCUAGAGACAUUAUGCAAAAUCUGUAGCUUUAAGAUCAUUGUCUUUUCGUUUCUUCUAUGUAAUGUUUUGUCUGUCAGUCAGUCAGAUGCUAGCAGAACCUUGUACCUUUAACUGAUGGCCAGCCAAAUAGGGGGCAGCGAGGGAAGGGCUUAUUUAUUUCACCAGACAAGACAACUUUGUAGUUCUGGACACAAUUUCAAACCAGUCUCUACCAGUUUGCUCUUUUUUUUUUUUAGAGAGAAGAGGAGGUAUGAAUAUUUUUCUGAAAAGAAGUUUAUAAAUGAAAUUGUAAAUGCAAUAUGCCACUGAGUAGAUUUUUAAGGUGGGACUGGUUUGCAACUGGAGACUAUUGUUUUUUUUGCCUUGAGACCAUUCAUAGUGACGCACGCGCAUUUUUAAUUCUUUUUUUUCUAAUGGUUUUUAUUUUUUACACUUCUGAGAAAAAAAAAAUCAAUGUUUUGAUUGACUUGCUCAUUUUUAAAAGUAAUACUAUAAAGGUACAGUUUUUUUUUUUUUUUUUUAAUUCACAUCAAAAACAGGAAGGGAGGCGUGUAUAUGAGUUUGUCUUUCAGGAUUGGGCAUUACAGUAAAGGGUGUAUUUAAUUAAAUUUUUUUUGCUAUCAAGGCCCACAGCAGUGUUUGCAGCAGAAUGUUAAAGCUGGCUGAAAACAGCACAUCUUUUGGGGGAAAUGUACACGCUUGAAGCACACGAGUACCAUCGUUCAACCCAAACAACUGUGUUACGAGUUUUCAACUCCUCCCAGGCUAUGUCUUCAGUGUGCAUGUGAUUUUUUUGUUUGUCGUGCUGAAUGCUUCACUGGCGUGCAUACUUGUGAGAAUAUUGUCAAAUGCCCACCUGCUUCGUGUGCGGGUGGCAACAAGUAAAGAAGCGUCGCGCGGAGAUAAAGAGAACCUGUGUUACUUUUCUUCCUUCUCUGGCCAAGGAUGGUGGCCAUUGAACAAUUUGAAACUAUGUGAGUAUAGUAAGUAUACAUCUAUGUGAGAUAAAAUAUUGCUAUUGUGGGCUGUGAUGAAUGGAACGAGUUUCACAAAUAUCUGUAACAAGUCCAUUAAAGACAUUUCCAAAAUGGCCUUAUCAAGAAUUUUUAAAAAGAUGUCUUCUCAGAAUAAAAAGGUCAAACUGA